CUCAGGCUGACGUGUGGCUCGAGCCCCUCCCAUCCGGCGAUGCUCCGCCGCUGUCUGCCUGCGGUCUUUCUCCCUCUCCCAGAGAAAUCAUUAUUACCACUCGGUGAAGCCCAGCAGCUCCGUCAGCUUUGGCCAUCUACCGCUACACAUGCAUUUCAUCGAAAAGAAAACGACUGCCAGCAACGUGCGACAAGAUGUACCACUCUGACCACGGCGUAGACUUUCCUGACCUCUCCUUCCAAAUCCCUGGCAGGACUGCAGAACUGGGCCCGACAAACACAGUGUGAAAACAACUGUCAACAAGCAGUGCUUUCACCUUCUUUCACCCACACAGGGCCUCCCCCAGCUGCUCUAGCUCCACUCCCACCAUCCCCUCUUUUUCUUGGACCAUGGACAGCCCUCCUAAACUGUCUGGUGAGACCCUGAUUGUGCAUCACAUUCCCCUGGUACACUGUCAGGUGACGGGGGGGCGGCAAGGUGGCUGCGGGAGCUCACUGAAGAGGAGCAACCCAUUUAGCCCACCGGAGAACCUGGGCCUGAGUCGCACCACAUCCCUGCCAGAGAGAGAUGUUCUCCAGAGAGAGGCUCUGCUCUACAGCAGCCUGAUCCAAACCUCCAGUGGCUCCUGGUCCUCCCACAACGGAGGAAGAGAAAGGAAGGGUGGUGGGCGAGGGGGCAGCACGGCGAGCGAUGAUUCAUCGUUUACCUCGAGCAAUUCAGAGGACCAGCUGAUUACAGCUCACACGUUACCCAGAGCCAAACCGAGGAACAGGAAUCCCCUGCGUCAUAAUCCAUUCCUGCUGAAUGCUGAAGAUGAAGAGGAAGAAGAAGAGGAAGAUGGCGACAACCUCAGUGGUUACCUGGAAGACUCCUCUUUUCACCUCCACAGUGACACAAACUCUGUGCUCGAUGACGGGAUGGCUCCCUUUCAUUUGCACGACCUUGGCUUUGCUUCCGAGCCCUUUCUUUUACACAGCUCAGUAGGAGGAAGCAGCCGGGGAUCCCUGAGAGGUGCAGCCUCAGAUCUGUCCAAUCACCUGGAGGACCUGAACAUCCUGGGUCUGGACAGCCAGCGCCGCCACGGAAGCAGCGGCUCCAACAUGUCUAUGGAUUGCGGAGAGCAUGACUGGGGCGACGACGAUGAAGAAGACGAAGAUCAUCCGAUGAAGUGCGGCCGAAGUAGCAAGACGGGUUCCUACUCCUCCAGCUCCUCCACUCAGCACUGCUCCUGCUGCGCUCUCUCGCAGAACUACCCUCAGCACUUCCCUGAAGCCUUCUCUGAGCCUUUCUCCGAGUUCCAGCAGGGUUACGGCAGCGACUCCUCCUGCAACAGCUCCGACGGCAUCCUCGUCAACUUCAGCGCCAUUUACAACAAGAUGAACAACAGCAUCCCAGAGAAGCAGCCUGCGUCUGGGCCUGGCAACCUGAACAGCUCCACCGAUCACUCCUGCAUCUCAUCUGUUUCCGAUCUAGCAGGAAACCAGCACGACUCGGCCGGAGGAGCUUUUUACUUGGACCUUCACACCUCCCCGACCGAACCUCCCUGUACACAGGAGCAGCCGUCCUGCCUUUCCAACACCUUCCCUCAAAUCCGUGAACCACACCUGUCCACCUCCUCCACCUGCUCUUGCUCCAUGGAGCACCAGGGGGCUCUCGACCUCGAUGCCAACUGCAACUCCUACCACCCACCUCAUGGCGGCUCCUCCGGAGACCUUGCUUCCUGUCUGCAAAGUCAAGCCCGCUUGGUUGUCGCCACCCAGAACUACUACAAACUGGUCACCUGCGACCUUUCGUCCCAGUCGUCUCCGAGUCCCGCCGGCUCCUCGGUCAACAGCUGCUCUGAUGAGCACAGCAAAGGCAGCCCCACCCCGACUCAGCCCAGCGAGUACUUCCUGUUCAGACAACGAGCCGAUGAGGAGGGACUAGAGGAAGAGGACGAAGAUGGCCAUUUAUCUCGACGAAAUGAUGAUGAUGAUGAGGAAGAGGACAAAGAGGAAACCACCCAGGAAGCUGCUGGUGGGGCCGAAACUGCUCCUGCCAUGAUUCAGGGCCAGGUGUAUGUCAACAUAUCCCCCCCCACGACUGGACGGGGAGUUGUUGGAGCUGGAGGCCCCUCUGGAAACCGCCCCCGAUCUCGCAGCUACGAUCGCAACCUGGACAAGUCUCCGUCUCCGCGGCUUGGCUCUUUGGAGCGCAUGCUCAGCUGCCCCGUCCGGCUCAGCGAGGGUGCCGCCUCGACCCCGCCCCCUCCCCCUCGUGUCACCUCCUUCGCGGAGAUCGCCAGAAGCAAACGGAGAAACGGAGGAGCGGGGGGAUCCCCGCCACUUAAGUUGGCCUCAGACCCUUUUGCCUCUAAUUACUCCAACCACUCGCACUCCUCUGUGGAUUUCUCUCCGAUCCUGGAGCAGCGCUUGGAGGCAGCCAGUCCAACGCUGUCCCCUGUUCCCUUUACAAGAUGCUACAGUCAUGGAAACGUACAACGACACCUGGAAGGGGCGAGGGAGACUCGGACCAAAGCAGAAGGUGGUCUUUCAAGUUCGUCCGACAGCCGAGCGCCGGUGGUCCGCUACAGCAAAGAUCAGCGGCCCACCAGCCUCCCCAUCCAGCCCUUCACAUUCCACCACCAGUUCAGUUCCAAGCCCCCUCAGCCCAAGCCUCUGCUGCCCCUGCUCACCGGCUACCAUCCUGGAAUGCAGGCCCGCUCCAGCUCGGGUUCUGGUUCAGGCGCUGCCUCCGGAGGUCCAGUCAGCGAGGACAGCGAAGAUGCGGCCGAAAAUAAUGUACAUCAGUACCCGGGUUCUUUUAGCACAACAGUUCCUCCUCCUCUGGAUUCGGUGCGACCAUCUCCUCUUGGGAGCUACUCCCCGGUUCGCCUCCAGGGGACAACCAGCUCUGGGACUUGUUCCACCUGCACCCCCAGCCCACAGCCCUCACACAGCCUCUCCUGUCCGCUGUCAGCUGGCCUCGGCAUGCUUCACACCAAACAGGGAGAGGGGUCGGCUCCAUUACCUCCCACACCUCCACCUCCAUCCCUGGGAGUGAAGAGAGGGGUGGUGCCACCAUCACUGCCAGCAGUGCAGGGACAGUGUUUCCACCGUGGAGCUCUGCAUAGCUUACCAUCACUCCAUAGUGACACUCUGAGCCCGCUGGGCUGUCUGGACUCUGGGAAGCAUGUGGAAGGAGGCAAAGGACCUGGAACCAGAUCACAAAAUGCACACCACCUCUCUCCACAGGCUCUCAAAUGGAGGGAGUACCGUCGUCGAAACCCUCUGGGGGUGGAGAGGGUCUCUGGGGGCCACUCGUCUGGUUGCGUGGAGCUCAGACGGGGCGGGGGAACACAACCUGCCAGACGCAAUGUGUUCGAUUUCCCUGCAGCUCACUCUGGCCACGCACUGGGACGGCUCAAUGUGGGUCAGUCCAUGAAGCUGCAGCAGAGCUACAGCGACUUCCUGCCAGACUACUUCUCCAUGACGGAGAAACCACCCGAGGAGUUCUGCCUCUCACCCGACGCCUCAUCCUCUUCCUCAUCCGGCUCUUCUUCACAGCCCCACAUCACUGUUGACCUGACACAGAAAAGAGGUUUGGUGAAAGCCGUGAACACAGCAGUGGAUCUGAUUGUGGCACACUUUGGCACCAGCAGAGAUCCAGAUGUGAAGGCUAAGCUGGGGAACAGCUGGGUGAGUCCCAACGUGGGUCACCUCAUCCUGAAGUAUCUGUGCCCGGCCCUGCGUGACGUGCUGCAGGACGGUCUAAAAGCCUACGUCCUGGACCUGAUCAUCGGACAGCGCCGAUGUCAGCCUUGGAGCCUCGUGGAGGCUUCGACACAGCUGGGCCCAUCCACACGUGUUCUCCACAGCUUGUUUUCAAAAGUUAGCCAGUACUCGGAGCUCACGAGUCAUAGCAUGAGACUGAAUGCAUUCAUCUUCGGCCUACUCAACCUGAAGUCUUUGGAGUUCUGGUUCAACCACCUCUACACACAUGAAGAUAUCAUAGCAGCACACUACAGCCCGUGGGGUUUCCUUCCUCUGUCACAAAAAGCAUGCCAGCUGCUCUUUGAGGAGCUGCUCCUCCUGCUGCAGCCGCUGUCACUCCUCCCCUUCGACCUGGACCUGCUGUUUGAACCACACCUCCUCCAGAAAGGACAGGAGCAUCUGCGCCACAAGGAACAGCUUUGUUCUGCAGGCCAGAGCAUUGACCUGUCCACACGCUCCACCUUCCAGCUCAUGAGGGGGUGGAGCACCACCGUCAGCGAAAUGUGCAAGGACUCAAGCGCAGAGGCAAAGAGAGAGAGGGCAGGACUGCGGAGAGAAGGAACAUGGCCGAAAAUGGAAGGAGCCGGGUCAAGGAGAGACGCGGGGGGAGUGAAGUCGAGGUGGAGCAAUAGUGAUGGUGUUACAGCUGGGCCUGUCAGCAGAUCGGCAGUGAUGGAGGUCGGGUUUGCCAACCUCUGGAAGGAAAGGGCAGUGGAAGGCCAGAGAGUGAAGGGUGUUGGGCAAGAAAGUCGUGGAGAUGGGGAGGAUCUACCAGAAACGGGCAGGAGGAAGGAGAAAGACAAGGAUCCUGCAGAUGAGGGACGUCAGCGUCAAGACAGACAGGCUGGUUGGUGGUACCAGCUCAUGCAGUCCUCCCAGGUCUACAUCGACCAGUCAGCAGAGGGGUCAAAGUUCAUUAAGACAGAAAAGAGGAAGAAGUCCUCAGAGAGACGACAGGGCCAGCCACCACCCACGAGGGAAGGUGUGGUGGAAGGUGCCGAGUCAAGCCAUGAAGGGGAGGGAGAGAAAAGCAGCAGUUCAAGUGUGGAGUCGGCUGCUUCCAGAGGAAGGCCUUCGUGGAUGGGCAGCCCUCCCGAGUCUGUUCUGAACCAGGCCAAAAACACAGAUCCUCUAGAGGUUACUAGGACUGGAGCCCAAGCUGCAGCCCAGGAGGAGAGCUCCACACAGGGACAGAGUUUACGCUGGGGCCGGCUCUUUGGUUCAAGUGUUGGUUCUCCUCAGAGAGUAGAAAGAGCUGAACAGAGAACAAAACCUCAAAAGACCAGGCCUCCGUCAGGGUGGCUGAGUUUGGACAGAACAGUUCUUGACCUUGUAGCUCUGACAAUCGGAGGCGGUAGUGGAAAGAAGGCAGAACCUCCUGCCAGUCAAACCACAGCAGCACUGGGGUCAAGUUAUCCAGCCAAAGCCAACCCAGACUCUCCGUGUGAAGUGCGAGCCUUGUGCCACCACAUAGCCACCGAGCCCGGCCAGCUGAGCUUCAACAAGGGUGACAUCCUCCAGGUUCUCAGCAAGGCUGAUCCAGACUGGCUGCUCUGCUCCCUGGGCUCCACCCAGGGUUUGGUUCCCAUCGUCUACGUCACCCUCAACAACAUGGAGAACAGCCAGGAUGUUACUGGACUUCAGCAGCUCUAAGCAAAAACUGUCCCAAGCGAAAUAAUCAUGAGGGUGUUGCUGCUAUAUAUCUACAAAAAAAAAAAAGUUUUUGCUGUACAUUUGGAAAGAAUCCUGAAAAACACUGUAGAAAAUAAAAAGAUGAUGCACAGAAUCAUGCAGAGGAAGCAUGCAGGCCGAACCACAAACUCACAUCUGCUUCAAGGGUACACCCACAAAAGUGUGCAUGCAUCCAAAAACCCAAAGACCAGACGAAAAGAAAAAAACAAACCCAAAGACACUCAAAAACACAUUUCUGUGUCUACUCAGAGCUGUUCUGCUAUAACUAUGUGACUGUCCAGUCGAUAUAUCAACGAUCCAAAUCUUCAGACCAUCAUAUACUGUAAACCAUGCCUGGCUGAACUUCGCUGUUCAUACGUUCACCUCGUUGUGCCACAUUUUGAAUGCAGUGAUCAAUUAUUGCCCUCGCUCACAGCAUCGGUUGCUUACCUAGAGCUAAUCAAGCUUUUCUUUCACGUAGAAGCCAGCGAAUCUGCUUUUUUUUAAGAUAUAAGGUUGUUGAUAUAAAAGCUAAAAUUUCUGAUCUUGUCUGCUCCAGUUGCAAAGGGUUGAUUCUGAGUAUAGCUGUGGCUUUUAUACAGAGUAAAAAGAGAGUACUAUUUGUGUUUUGAUAGCCAUUGACUUGAAAGGGAAAAGUAAGCUAAAAAAUAGUUUAAAGCAGAGCUUCUUGAUUAAAAGAAGGUGAACUUGGGUUAAAAUUGAACAAAUGACACACCCAUUUCUCAAAUGUUUAACUUCAAACCUCACUAAAAUCACAUUUACCAGGAAAAAAAUGUGGAUUCUUCCACUUUCCUUACAGUAUGGCUUAGACUUCUUUUUACACCAAGAAUAUGCUUGCUUUGAAUUCUGCAUUUAUCAUAGCUGCCUCAUGUAUUUUGCAUUUAUUUGAAGCAUAAUUUGUGCACAUCCUCAAAAAUCAAUGCUACAUGGGAUUCUCUGGUAACAAUAUGUACAGUUACGCUCAAGAUUGCGCUGGUUGCUAACGUGAACGCAAGGUUAAAAAAACAAUUAUAUUCUUGGUCUAAGAAUCAACUUGGGACAAAUUUCUCCAAUUUUAUAUUGCGGCUCCAACAUCAUUAUAAGUUCCUAUCAAAAUGAUGGCAGCAGACUACAGAUGAUGGAGGAGGAGCUGACAUGACUCACUAGGCAGCAAGCUAGUAGGAUGAGUCAGCAGAUCUGUUGUUGCUGUGUUUAAAGUCAACAAAUGACCUUUCCUUUGCUCAUUUAUUCAUUAUUUAUAGUGAAAAUCCAAAAAUCUUCCAAACACCAUUUCUCAGACAAUUUAGCAUUGUAUUUUUCUUCUUAGGACAGCUUUGCUUACUAAUUUCUUCCACUUUGUUAUAACCAAUAGCAUUAGCAACAUUAGCUUAUUUUACUAAGAGGUUACCAGGGCUUGCUCCAGAUCAGAGCGCCCUCUGGUGGAUCACAACUCAAACUACAUUUAUUGGUCAGCAACACACAGCCCACAGUCUGAAACACUUCAAGACUUUAAUGCUUGUAUUUACAUUUUCCUCAUUUUCUUGACGUGAAGACAUGUUUGAAGUCGACAGCUUUAAGAAAGACUCAAAUUAAUAUAAAUGGUACAAGUAUUUAAAACAUUGAUUUUACAAGUGACUGGACACUAAUCAAAACAUCUUUUAUACAUACAUACAUAUACAUAUAUAUAUAUAUAUAUAUAUAUAUAUAUAUACAUAUAUAUACAUAUAUAUAUAGGGCUGAGCGAUAUGGCCUAAAACUGAUAUCCCGAUUAUUUUUUGGCUUUAUCCCGAUACACGAUCCCGAUGUUUUAAAAUCUCCUCAUGACAUGACCCUGUAGGGGGGCCUGGGUGGGCCUGGGGGUAGUGCGCCAUGGAUCUGGGCUCUCCCGCAUUUUUCCUUUCGCUCCUCUCCCUCCCCAUUGGGUGUCUGAUGGGUGGGUGUCUUGUGGGGUCGGUGGUGGCUCAUUGGCUGCAGUCGCUGCGUAGCCUGGUUGUGGGGGGCGGCUGCCUCUGGCCGGUCUUGCCCUGGGGGGCCUCCUGUGGAACGGGGGUGCCUAGUGCUGCUGGCAGCUCACCAUCCGGAGGGAGGUUUUCUUCCCUUCGGACUUACAUCCCUGGACCCCUCUUCUUCUCCGCUCUCUCUAUCUCUCUUACACACACACAUAGACACACACACACACAUAGGGAUUUGGGAGGCGUGCACGUCAUGCGGGGUGUAGCCUGGGGGGCCACCCAAGUGGCUUCCUUAGCUGCACCCUGUGGCGACUCGCCUCAGUUUAAAUUACACUCAGACAUCAAAACACCAACACAACACACAAACAACUUCUGGGGGGUGUGUCAUGUGGUGCAUGGAGGGCGGGGCUACUAACAUGACCUUGCUCCCAGCACAAUAUGGUCACUGCCCCCCAGUUUUACUUGCAAAAAACACAUUCACCACAAACAGUCAUGAGCGGGGAGGAGGACGAGGACAAUGGGGACAACUCACACCCCUUUUCCCCGGGGCGCCACCGGGGGCGGGUAGGGGUGGUGGUUGCCCUGGGGGCUGGAAACUGGGACGGCUGCGCUGAUGAGGGGCUGCUGAUCUUGGGGGAUGCCCGGUCGGCCGCAUCUGGGUGGGAGGUGAUGGGGGGCGGCUGGGGAUGGCUGUGAGGGCCGGAUCUGGGGCUCGCCAUUCUCUGGUCCGCCGAGGAUGGGGGGGUUGUAUUUAUCUGUGGGUACAUACUCUUUUGUAAAAUGUAUUCAUGGCCUACACAUACAAAUCGUAUUUAUUUAUUUACCUGUUUGAAUAGCCGUGGCAAACACUUUUGUAAAAGCUGCAGAAAACGGGGAUGUCUGAGGAAAAGUAAACCACACCUGUGACGGUCUUUUCUAAUUGGAGAAGAUGGAAAUCCCUGGACGUACUUCAAAACUAUUGUAUUUACACAGGGGGUGUGAUAUCUCGUCAAUGCCUUAAAGUGCUUAAUGAGGAGAGGAAAUAAGGGGACAAAGAGGCAAUCGCCCACCUAAUAUUCUUCCUUGCAUUACGGCCUGUUUUGUUUAUGCUCUGUUUGCUUUGACUUUUCCAGAUUUGUCUGCACAGAUAUUUAAUCUGAAAGAAAAGUUAAUAAGAGAUGGAGAUAUUUUUGGAUGUCUAAAGGGAAACCACACAUUUUGUGUGGGUGGCUUUGCGUGCACCUGCCUGUCACGCCCUUGGCCUUAGGUUCAAAGUGAGGCAGUGAACUAAAAUUGUAACUGAAUACCAUAAACAUGGAUAGAAAAGGGUAUACAGGUGCCCAGUCCACAUAUUACACAUUAUCUAGUGGUAAGAUUAAUGUACAUUUAUUAAAUAAAUGGAAUUAUUGGUUUGUUUAUUUUAAAUAAUCACACAGAAUAUAAUUUUACCAUUAAAAAUGUAUUUUUGUUUUGUUAUUGUACAGUUUUUAUUUGUGUGUAUGAUUUUUAACCUUUGAUUUCAACAAAAUAAUUCACAUUUCAUUGUCCUUUUAAAUUGUAAAUAUAUUUAAAUCCUUCAGGGGUGAGUUGUUUUUGCCAUACUGCCACAAACAUAGUAUGGAUGAAUGUUAACAAUAAUUUAUCAGUGCAUUUCAUGUUUAAUACAGAACGUAUAAGCUUUAGUUUGACUGCUAACAACCUAUGGACAAGUUGCCUUCAAGAGAGUGGAGGGUGUGAACGUUCACCGACAUCCAGCUCAGAGUUUACAUAGAAAGACACAAAUAAACGCAGCAGGGAUAAAACCAGAGACGGGAGGUUGAAGGGUGAAGAGGUUGUGUGAAGAAGGUUUGUUCUGCUCUUUGCCUCCUGCCUGUAAAUACCUUCAGCAUCGGCGACACUGCUCCUCUCUCUUCGUCCAGGCUAAUAUGAUGUGUACGUAUGACAUUAUCAAACUACUAUGGAUGUUAAAUAACAAAGUGCUCAUGUGAUCACA